UAGACACAAAAACAUUGGAUGACUUAAUUAAGGGAUUGAAAGGAGUCUCUGGUUCUGGAAUCAGAGGCACAACAGUUACUACUUAUAGGCUUACGAUUACUGGCGACGAAUCCGAUGAAGAAACUAAACAACUGUCAGUUCGUAAUGACUUUAAUGCAACACAAGUACUCGAUAUGAUAGGAACCGAUGACUCCAUGAAAUAUUUCAUUGUCGUCGGCGGCGGUAAAAUGAUCGAAGAGUUUAUGACAGCAGCCAAUCAGCGAUCGCUAAUACUUGUGCCCCGAAAGUGGAUUGUAAUCAUCGCAGAGCCCAUCCCUAAGAAGUCUGGAUUCUGGCGCAGAAUGAAUGAAAUAUUCAGUGUUACAGAUGUGGCUAUUGUUAAGAGAGAGAUAUCGGCGUACAGUAAGUGCAGUGAAUUGAAAGAGGGCUGUCAAAUGAGACUCGCCUUCGAGACACUCAGGGAUGCCAUUAAGAAAGUGAUUGAAUUGCCGUUUUAUGACUUCAAUGAUACCAAACAAGUGAAGGCACAGACCAAGAACAGAGUCAUCGCAGAAAUGAAACUUGAAUUGGGAACAGAGAAAUCGAUGUCUCAAUUCUGUGGGAAUUGCGAUCGGUUUGUCAUUCAAUCGCUUUAUAAACACAGAAUCGGUUCAGAAAAAGAAAAAGAAGACGAUUUCACUGAACUUGAAGACAAUCCUCAAUAUAAAGUGGUAGUAGAAAACACAGGCAUUUGGACUCCAUUUAAAGGAUAUUUACACAUUGCAACUGUACUCGGAUAUGAAGAGGGUAACCUCAAAAACAGGCCCAUUACUGUCGACAAUAAGGUGGACAUCGCUGCCAACGGCUACUGGCGAACAGAAGAACGCAUGAAAGCCGUGUAUUUCACGUUCCCAUUCGACAAGGAGGAGAUGUCCAUGAUGAUUCAGAAGACCAGCGAAGAUCAUAAAUAUCUCUUCUUAACCCCUUUUACUUGGGAUGCUUGGGUGAGUAUCUUAAUAACAGUUGUAGUGAUGGGACCAUUGCUAUGGAUUGUUCACCGAUCGAGUAAAUACUACGACUAUUACAAUAUGAGGGACAAUAAAGGCCUAUUUAAGCUGUCAAACUGCACGUGGUAUUGUUUCGGAGCAAUGGUACAACAGGGUGGAGACCACUUACCAAUGGCCAUAUCGGGACGAAUUCUGGUCACAUUCUGGUGGCUAUUUGUAAUCGUAACGGUCACCACCUAUAGUGGAAAUCUGGUCGCUCUCCUCACGUUCCCUAAGAUUAUACAUCCGAUUGAAAAUCUGGAGGAUUUGUUAUCGUAUAAAAGUUCAAUGAAAUGGGGAACAGAUAAGGGCGGAGCGAUGGAGGAACUGAUUGAGGGCGCAAAAUAC